UCUGAACGUCUUUUUCGAGUUUCAAAAGGACUGCUAGCUGGGAAUGUUUUUGAUUGGGGCGCGGAGAAAGUUGUGGAAAUUAUGGAGUCUGCCGAAGGUCUACCAUUCAAUGUUGCGGUCGCUUCCAUUCCUGAAAGACCAUGGCUCAUUGACACGUACGACGAAUUCGCGAAAUCUUUGGACCAGAAGCCAUAUAACUGCGCUGCUAUAUUUGUGGACAAUAGUGGCGCUGAUUUUGUCCUAGGCGUUAUUCCUUUUACUAGAGAACUCAUCAGACGUGGCACAAAGGUCAUAAUCAUCUCGAAUCUGUCGCCAGCACUCAACGACCUAACUUAUGGUGAAAUGAUAGGAAUGGUGCCUCUGCUACGGAAGGCUGACCCGUUUUUGCGAGAUGCUAUCGAUAAGGAGCUGUUAAUGUUCGAGCAUAGUGGUCAAGGAUCGCCUUGCUUAGAUUUGAGGGUACAUUCUACCCUCAAUCGGCGCGUUCUGGAAGAAAAAGUGGAUCUCAUAGUGAUUGAAGGAAUGGGUCGUGCUUUGCAUACCAAUCUAUACGCUCAUUUUUUGUGUGAUUCGCUGAAGGCUGCUGUCAUCAAAACUCAGUGGUUGGCUGAUCGCAUGGGCGGAGAAAUAUUUUCUGUUGUUUUCAAGUUUGAAAGAGGCAAAAGAAAUGGUUCUAAUGCGCAACCGAUUGCUCGCAGUGUUUCAGACUUUUAA